UAUUCAAACGCAAACGGGAACACUUUGAAGUCGGCUCAAACACGAGUACAGAGAAAAUGUUGUGGUUAAUUUUGAAUUUAAUUCUAAUAUCCACAUUAAAAUUAAGUACAGCGGAAAAGAUAUAUCCAGCGAAUGAGGCAAGAGAUGCUCUACUGAAAGAUAUAUUAAAUAAUUAUCAUCCAUCAGCUAGACCUGCUCAUGCUAACGAAACCAUUAUGAUAUUUGUAAAUAUCGAUAUACAGCAUUUUGAUUUUCGGGAAAAAGAUGGAGCGUUUCAUUUAGUUGGACUUUUGCAGGUGAAAUGGCGUGAUCCUAAAUUGGUCUGGAAUCCUCAGAGUUAUGGCAACAUUAGUCAUAUACCUAUAAGUCAAAGAUACAUAUGGGUGCCCGAUAUGGAAUUCUACAACAAUGCUCCCGAUAAAUUUAUUCGAAUGAAUCGUAAUGGCUUUGUAACGGUCAAAAAUGAUGGUGUUGUUUUCUGGAGUGAUUCCAUAGAAGUUAAUGUAUUUUGUAGUGCCGACAUGAAAAAUUGGCCACAUGAUGAACACAAGUGCACAAUAAGCUUAGGUUCGUGGACAUUUGAUGGCUUGGAACUGGACAUUAUGCAUUUUGAACCGAAUUCAAGUAUGUCUUUUAGGUCCAUUGAUAUGAAAAAUAUGGAAUAUAAAAUAAAGCAUUACAAUGCAUCCCACACCAGUAAAUAUUACUCCUGUUGUCUACAACCGUAUGUAACUAUGGACUAUAAUAUAACCUUUGAGAGACAAUCAUCAUAUGUGGUAAUAUUUCGUAUUCCUGCUUUAAUUGUAAUACUGUUCACACUAAUAACUUUGAGAAUGGAGCCGAACAGAACGGAAAAAUUAUGGUUAAAUGGUUUAUCGUUAAUACUUAUAUCAUGGCAAUUGAUAUAUUUUGCCAAGAAUAUUGCACAUUUUCAUGGAACCCCCUAUAUAGUCAUCUUCUUUAGUACAAGUCUCGUUAUGGUCACCAUGACCCAACUUUUGGCUGUGUUUUCUCUCUUUGCUGUCCGUUCAAGUUUUAAAUGGUAUUUACCAUAUUUUAUAGAAAGAUUUUUAAAUUUUUCCUUUACCUUGCAUUUGGUACCGAUUGAAUCCAAAAAUAACGCUCAUGCGGAAAUAAAUGGUCAAUUUGAGGAGGUGAAAUUGGACGAUACUUCCAGUUUAAUUGAUCGCAAUUUAUCGACGAAUGAUUGGUUAAGAUUUGCUAAAAUAUUAAAUAUUUUAGCAUUUAUAUCGUUUAGUUUUGUAUUCUUAGUUUUAGCAUCAGUAUGUUUCGUAUAACAAUUAAAUACAAUCACUAACAUAUUAUUAAAUAUUUACAUACAUAUAUACAUAAA